AUAGAGAAAAAAAAUAUAAUAAAAAAAUUUCACCCCUUAAAAUACUUAGGUAUUAUUUUAGUUUCUUACAACCAUGGAAUAUGGUAUUUUAAACACAUGCAAUAAAUAUAUCUGAUCAGUCUGACUAACUUUCAUUCUAUAGACUUCUGUCGCAAGUGAAUAAAUGUCAAUAUUUAUUUUGUUAGUUUUCACUAUGGUCAUAAAUCACCUGUAGUGGGCAGGACAUGAAAGAUGAGAGAAAUUGCAUGGUAAAACACCAUGACAAACUGAUCAUAUGACUCUAAAAUGAUGUCUCUACUUGCUUUGUAUGUGAAGAAAUUAAUUAUUUAUUGUAAAUACUCCUUGAAAAAUCUGUCGAGUCAGUACGUGAGGUGGAUAGCUCACUUUGUUUACAACCAACCCACUCAAUCCGAGCAUACUCCCACGUCCACAAAAAAUAAAAUUACACCAUAACGCUUCAACAAAGUUGCAUUCAUUGGUACAAGAUAUGAAAAUAAGUAAAGUCCCCUGUCUAGGAAGUUAGAGAUGGGUGAGUUGGUCUCACAUGGGAAGCAGCUGUACAAAAAAGAAGUGGUGGAUCCAAAUCAUGUAUACAGUGAGUGGAACUUGCUUCCAGACCUGCUCUUGGAGAGAGUCUUUCAACACCUGACUCUAGAUGAACGUUACAAUGCUUCGAUGAUUUGCAGAAACUGGAGUAGAGCCUUCCAUUUCCCGAGAGUAUGGUACACUUUUGAGCUCCACGACACACUCCUCACAAAGAGAAAAUUUAACUACUGUGCAGGAUGGCAGAAAUUACUAGAUCACAUCCGUGUCACCAUCUUCCUUACCAAGAAAGGGAUGCACAUCCGGACGUUGAUAUUCCCACCCAUGAAUAAUUUAUUCAACCUCUAUGAAUUCUUAAAUGUUUCUCUUUACAUGCAUAACAACUGUCCAGGAACUCUAGAUCGUGUACAUACCUUAAGGUUCAGCUUUGCUUGCCAGCACACAGAACAAGCAGAUGAUGUUGUAUUUGGUACUGGAGGCCAAAUUCUGUCAAUGUUUAAAAAAGUGAUGGGAGUAUUUUCUGAGCUAAAGACACUGGAGUUGAGAGACCUGCUUCUAGAAGGUUGUGAAGGACUACACUUACUUGAUGAAGUCUGUGUCACAUGUUGUGAAACUCUAAGAACUCUCACUUUGGUCAACGUCAUGAAGCUCCCACAUACACUUCUUCAUCCUGGAGCAUUCGUUAACCUUGAGACAUUAGUCAUUUCUCCCCAGAGUAUUGGUGAUGAUCUCCUUGAACUAUUGGGUUAUUCAAAGGUGAGGAAUAUGUACAUAGUGCAAAAUAAAUACACAGAAAAUGGACAAUCCCUCAGCUAUAAAGCUUGGAAGCAGUGUCGAGCAGCAAAUCCUAGACUUCGUGUUCAUCUGUGUAGUGAAGGGAGUUGUAAGAAUGAAAUCAUCUGGCAACAGCAAGCACCUGUUAGAAGCAUAGUAUACAAUUCCCCAUAUGCUAAAAUUGACACCCCAGUGAUGCUUACAAUUAUUGAGUUGUAUAAGCGAAACCUGGAAGUGUUUGCUCAUAAGCAGUUGCCUAGAUUCUACAUGCCAAGGUCCUUUCAUGACAGAAUUGAUUCAUCACUACUUCUGUUGGUUAGACAGUGUCCAUAUAUCCACACAUUGGUUGUCCGAGAAAAAGUUUCCACAGCAACAGUUCUUUUGGUGGCUCAUACUGCAAAGAACCUGAUGUACUUCUACCUGCGUAGAAAUGCAAUAAUUCUUAAGGCAGAUUGGCCUUUUAAUCCAGAUUGGACCCCAGAAUUCUACGAAUGGCUUUGCAAGAAUGCACGAUCCUAUGAAGCCAUGGAACGUGAAGUCUCUCAGAUUUUGGGUUAUAAGUGGCAGAGUCUUACUGAUAAGCAGUUUAAAAUGAUAAACAUUGAUCUUGGAAAGUCAUAUUAUAUGUUUUCCUAAGAUUAAGUAUGGUUAGAAUAUGUUAAAUCUUGAGUUAUUCUUGUUAAGUGUUUUUAUUAGGAAUUUUUAGUCAAUAGUUUAAGUAUGCAGUAUGAUGAAAUUUGGUAUAC